AUGGCAUGGGGUUGGGGCAAUGGAGACGACAAAGAAGAUGCAUCAAAAGAGGCUGGAAGCAUGAUUGAUAACGCUGGGAGCUUGAUUGAUGUAUCUGCUAAAAUGCAAGUUUUUCUUGACAAUGCUCGCAACAAGUUCGAGGACCGUUACAAGGAUGUGAAACUUAGGGUCACUCUUCCAGCUUUGAUUCAGUUGGUGAUUCAAGCGCAAGCCAAAACACCAAGCGACACAGAGUUCUCCCGAGACAAAAUGUAUAAUACCGCUGGGGAUGUCACAGAAAUCAAUGCCAAAGAGCUCGAAGGCCUGGAUCGAAGCUUGAACUUUGCGGAAUGGGCAUAUCUAACCUCGACCAAGGAACUGGAGAAGAAUCUUUCAUCCUGUGGGUACUCUUUGCUAAAACACGAAAAAGUCGAUGAAGCAGGCAAUGUUGGGUAUUUCAUCGCAAUCGAUCCAGAAACGAAAACCGCGGUGAUUGGGAUCAAAGGCACCUCGUCGUUGUCCGAUAUGUUGACGGACUGUUGUGCGGCGACUUCCAGGCAGGCGUUGGACCACAGUUUUAUUGCCGACGACGACUCCUUCAAAGAAAUUUCCGCCCAUGAAGGUAUUCUUUUUUCCUCAAAUGCGUUGGCAAAGAGCCUCAAGCCAUUUGUAAAGGACCUCUUCCUUCCCCUCGACUAUCGACUUUGUUUGUACGGGCAUAGCUUGGGUGCUGGUGCGGCUACUUUGACUGGCUUAUUGUUGCGAUCUCAGUAUCCAGAAUUGAUCCCUAACCACAGACUUGAAGUGAUGGCAUUUGCUUCUCCCCCAGUUUUGGAUCACAAGGCAGCAAGUGCUUGCUCGUCUUUCACAACCACGAUUGUCAACAACUCGGACGUUAUUACUAGAACCAGUCUCAACAAUGUAGAAGUGUUACUUCAAAUCCUCUCUAAAAUUCAAGAGAAGCUGGUUGAGGCUGGCAUGGAUCCCGUGGACAUGCAGUCUACUGCUGCGUACUUGUCGAAAAUUCGAGAAGGAAAAGGUGGAGAAAUGCUCAUGACAGCAGAGGAAGGGUUCAAUGUGUUAGACGAGGCGCAAAAAAAUGUCUCAGUUGACGACCCUGAUCACUUGUAUGUUCCUGGAAAGGUCAUUCUACUUUACCGAAAGUGGCAAGAUCGGAAGAAGAGAAGAGAGGAUUUAGAAGAGAUGGAACAGGUUGCAAAGGGAAAAGGAGAAUCAUUUUCUGAGAAAGAGGCAGUGAAAGAUCAACCACCAUUACUAGUGUACUAUGUCCGAACGGACGGAAUUGCGGACCCUCUUCGUCUUAUUGAAAUUGAUGACGACAUGAUGAAAGAUCAUUUGAUUGGGUCAUAUCACAUGGUGGUCGACAGUCUCAAGAUGACAUCAACGUAG